AAGAAGAUUUUACCUCUUGCUAGUUUGUUGUGUGUGUUCAUAUAAAAAUUGUUUUUCUAUUUUUCUUUCAAUCAUGGAGAGUAGUAAAACAAACUCCUCCUCGUCACCGAAGGGUCGAGGAGUAAAUUUCUCGGCCCCGAGAAACUUUGCUGUUAAAUUUAGAUCGAAAUGUAAAGAAACCUUCUUUCCAGAUGAUCCAUUCAAACCGAUAUCGCAGGAGCCAAACGGUCUGAUCAAAACAAAAAAGACGUUGGAGUAUUUUGUUCCAAUCUUUGAGUGGCUCCCAAAGUACAAUCUGCAAAAACUAAGGUACGAUGUGCUUGCGGGAAUAACCAUCACCAGCCUUGCCGUUCCUCAGGGUAUCAGUUACGCUAAUCUCGCCAGUAUCCCUCCCAUUAUAGGCCUAUAUUCAAGCUUUGUGCCGCCAUUCGUGUACGCUGUGUUAGGAAGUUCGAACACUUUGGCGGUGGGAACAGUCGCAGCAUGCUCUUUGCUGAUCGCUGAGACAUUCGGUGAGGAUAUGUUGAAAACGGAUCCUAACCUCUACCUUCAUUUGAUAUUCACCUCCACUUUCAUCACUGGUAUAUUCCAAUUUGCUUUGGGCUUCCUCAGGUUGGGGAUAUUGGUGGAUUUCCUGUCACACUCGACCAUAACAGGCUUCAUGGGCGGGACUGCUAUCAUCAUUCUCCUCCAACAGCUUAAGGGCGUCUUUGGUUUAGUCCACUUUACGCACAAAACCGACGUCGUUUCAGUUCUCCACUCAGUUUUCUCCCACCGCCAUGAGUGGAAGUGGCAAAGUGCACUUGCUGGAUUCUGCUUUCUUGUUUUCCUCCAAUCUACUCGAUACAUCAAGAAGAUAAAACCAAAGCUAUUUUGGGUAUCAGCAAUGGGUCCAAUGGUGGUCGUCCUUGUGGGUUGCCUAGUUGCUUAUUUGGUGAAAGGAACAGAACACGGCAUCCAAACAGUUGGGCCUUUAAAGAAAGGAUUGAAUCCUCCUUCUAUUCAAUAUCUGAACUUCGACUCCAAGUAUCUACCAUUGGUUUUUAAGGCCGGAAUCAUCACAGGGCUCAUCGCUAUGGCUGAAGGGAUAGCGAUCGGAAGAAGCUUUGCUGUAAUGAAGAACGAACAAACGGACGGGAACAAAGAGAUGAUAGCGUUUGGUCUUAUGAACAUAAUUGGCUCCUUUACAUCUUGCUAUUUGACAACAGGACCAUUUUCAAAGACAGCAGUGAACUACAACGCAGGAACAAAGACACCAAUGUCAAACGUAGUGAUGGGAAUAUGCAUGAUGCUUGUGCUUCUCUUCCUUGCGCCUUUAUUCAGCUACACACCACUGGUUGGUCUCUCAGCCAUCAUAAUGUCAGCCAUGUUGGGCCUCAUCGACUACGAGGAGAUGUACCAUCUCUUCAAGGUUGACAAGUUUGAUUUCCUCGUCUGCAUGUCCGCUUUUUUCGGUGUCUCCUUCCUUAGCAUGGAUUACGGCCUCAUCAUUUCCGUCAGUUUUUCUGUCUUAAGAGCUUUGUUGUACGUUGCACGUCCCUCCACGUGUAAAUUGGGAAGAAUACCAAACUCGGUUAUGUUUCGAGACAUCGAACAGUAUCCUGUCGCCGAGGAGAUGCUUGGUUAUGUCAUUCUUCAGUUGGGUUCUCCUAUCUUUUUUGCCAAUAGCACUUACGUCCGUGAAAGGAUUUUGAGGUGGAUUCGUGAUGAGCCUGAAACCGUCGAAUUUCUUCUCCUUGAUCUCUCUGGAGUUUCAAGCAUUGACAUGACCGGGAUGGAAACACUACUCGAAGUACAGAGAAUCCUUGUAUCACAAUGCAUCAAGAUGGUGAUAAUAAACCCAAGAUUUGAAGUCCUAGAAAAGAUGAUGUUAUCACAUUUUGUAGAGAAGAUAGGAAAGGAGUAUGUGUUCUUGUCCAUUGACGACGCCGUUCAAGCAUGCCGAUUUAAUCUUUCCACCGCCAAACCCGAACCGUGUAUUUAGUUAUUUAGUUAUAAUAAAAACCGUAAUUUGGGUUCAGAGCCGUGCUUAAUGAACAAAAAAUA